AUGAGGACCAACUUUAUUAAGUGCAGUAAUUUAUUCCAAAGCAAGAGUCGUAGGACGUGUAUUUUAACAAAAAUGAGUAGAAAAGAAGGUUCUAAAAUUCUGGAGUACUCUGAAACAUGCAAUUUGACUUUGGGUCCAGACCCCCUCGUGAAAUUUGACGUUGAUGAUGCUUUUAACCUAGGUAUAAUGGCUAGAUCUUUGAUUCUAGAAAAAAUAAGAGAAGAUGGAUAUGUCAUCGAAAUUUGUUCGGCAGAUGACCAUUGUCUGUUUCGUUGUUGUACUUCUUCUGAUACCACAGUGGGCAAUGACUGGAGGCUAGAGCUAAAGAGACAAGCCGCAUUGAAGCAUAGAAAUUCAAGUUUCGAGCUGCAAAAAAGGAUUGGAAGUUAUAUGAACAGCAAGCUUAUCAAGAGUACAAGGGCCUAUCUGCUCGAAAACAAACAUACUGUUAUUACCGAAGGAGCAGUAUUAAUUUUUGUGAAGGGUGUGUCAUUCCCUGUUGGUUGUUUCGCUAUUGACAAAAGGGAUCCCUGUUUCAGAAUAGAACAUAUCGCCAAGUACUGCCUCUACAGGUACUCUCAGGAGCAAUUGCAAAAGCAGGAACAGAAACUGGAACUGGAAAUUUCGAAGCGGGUAGAAGAAAAAUUGAAGCUCGACAAUCCUAUUCAAAAGAUUGAUGGUGAGGCUUGGAAACUUUUUAAGGAGUAG